AUGUCGAGCUCAGGUCCGGAGGAGGCCCAUCGCUUGCCUUUCACUGUCUUCGCGAAAUCGCCUGCGUCAAGAUUUGCAUCGGAUCUUCUCUCACCGUACUUCGCCGCCACAUUUGGCGGCGAUUUUCGGGAGACCCACGAACAGUCGACCACCUUGGCCGAGAUCGAUGGCGUGGUGUCCGUUCGAAGUUUCGAAAUGCUUCUCCAAUGGCUAUAUGUGGGACGUGUGAGCCUAGGGACAUUGCCGGCCCAGGACGCCAUCAGUUCACUGGUCGAAUUCCUCCGACUUGCGGACCACUGUAGCGUCACCGGGAUGGAAGGUCGAGUGGUAGAUCGUAUCAAAACGCUUCUGAACAGUUCGAAUAUCACGAUUUAUUCUCGACGACCGAACCCAACUCGAGGACCGAACCCAACACGAAAUUCCUCACGUCCGAGCACAUCCGUUCCGCCGCAGAGUUACCGAAAUCCCAUCCAUUACGACGGUUGUUCGCCGCAGCAAUGGUUGGAGGAUAUUUUCAAUAUGACGACUACAAGUUUCGUCAAGAAAUUGAAGAAUUUCACGACCUGUCCAUCGAACUUCUCGACGCCGUGA